CGCGACGCUUCCCCUCCCCCCGCGGCUGUUCCGCCGCCUCGCCUCCCCUCCCCCCGGCCAGAGCUCACUGUCUCCAAGAUGGCGGCCGUGUCAGUUUGGGGCAUCUCCGCGGUCCGGCUCGGGGCCCCGGGAUCCCGGCUCUCUUUCCCCCCGAGUUCUGGCUGCUAACCCCCACACUUGCUGAAGUGCUGAAGAGCUUCUUGGGGAAGCGUGUCGAGGAGGAGGUGAAGUCCGCGGACGGCAUAGGAUGCAUGUUUUUCCACCCUGAAGCUGGGAAUGAAUCGUGUCGGGUGCUUGCAGCUUGAUGAAGAGUCCCACGCAUGGUGCCGUUGGGCACUUUGAAGGUGUUUCAAGUGACAGGCUGUUUACGUUUCUGAAGUCAGAGGGCAGAGGUAUUCCGCUGUGUGAGGACACGAGGAAGGACUCAGGCCAGCAAACGUGUAUGCUAUGGUUAACUGGCCCCCAGCCUCCGAGAGUCUUGAUUUCCAUGGUGUGAGACUGACGCUGCAUCAGGAUAAGGGAUAGCGACUCUAUGGAUAUACAGCAUCCUUCACCAUGGUAAAACUCGCUAACCCGCUGUAUACCGAGUGGAUUUUGGAGGCCAUCAAGAAAGUCAAGAAGCAGAAACAGCGUCCUUCGGAGGAAAGGAUAUGCAAUGCGGUGUCAUCCUCCCAUGGCUUGGAUCGGAAAACUGUCCUAGAGCAAUUGGAGUUGAGCGUUAAAGAUGGAACAAUUUUAAAAGUCUCAAAUAAAGGACUCAAUUCCUAUAAAGAUCCUGAUAAUCCUGGGCGAAUAGCACUUCCCAAACCUCGAAACCAUGGAAAAUUGGAGAGUAAACAAAAUGUGGAUUGGAAUAAACUGAUCAAAAGGGCAUUUGAGGGCUUGGCGGAGUCUGGGGGCUCAACUUUGAAAAGUAUUGAGCGUUUUCUGAAAGGUCAGAAAGAUGUGUCCGCGUUAUUUGGAGGCGGGGCCGCCUCUGGCUUUCACCAGCAGCUACGAUUGGCUAUCAAGCGCGCCGUGGGCCAUGGCCGCCUCCUCAAAGAUGGACCUCUUUACCGGCUCAGCACGAAAGCAGGCGGCGUGGAGGGGAAGGCGGCCUGCGAGUCUCUCUCCUGUUUGCCUCCCGUGGCGCUCCUUCCACAUGAAAAGGAUAAGCCGGUUGCUGAACCAAUCCCCAUCUGUAGUUUCUGUCUUGGUACAAAAGAACAAAACCGAGAGAAGAAGCCGGAGGAACUCAUCUCAUGCGCCGACUGCGGCAACAGUGGUCAUCCAUCCUGCUUGAAGUUUUCCCCUGAGUUAACGGUCAGAGUGAAGGCCUUGCGGUGGCAGUGCAUCGAGUGCAAAACAUGCAGUUCCUGUCGAGAUCAAGGCAAAAAUGCAGAUAACAUGCUCUUUUGUGAUUCGUGUGACCGAGGCUUUCACAUGGAAUGCUGUGAUCCACCACUUACACGAAUGCCGAAAGGCAUGUGGAUAUGUCAAAUAUGUCGGCCUAGGAAAAAAGGACGGAAACUUCUACAAAAGAAGGCAGCACAGAUAAAACGGCGCUAUGCUAAUCCAAUAGGACGUCCAAAAAACAGGUUAAAGAAACAAAACACGGUGUCAAAAGGUCCCUUCAGCAAGGUUCGAACUGGCCCUGGAAGGGGACGGAAACGUAAACUCACUCUCUCCGGCCAGUCUGCGUCAUCCUCAGAAGAAGGCUAUCUAGAGCGGAUAGAUGGCUUGGACUUCUGCAGAGAGAGCAAUGCGCCCCUCAAGUUCAACAAGAAAACCAAAGGGCUCAUCGAUGGCCUUACCAAAUUCUUCACCCCCUCCCCCGACGGGCGGAAGCCCCGGGGGGAGGUGGUAGAUUACUCGGAGCAAUACAGAAUCAGGAGAAAGGGCAGCAGGAAAUCGAGCACUUCAGAAUGGCCCGCAGACAAUCAGGAUGGCUGGGAUGGCAAACCGGAGAGCGAGGAGCGGCUCUUUGGGAGCCAGGAGAUCAUGACCGAGAAGGACAUGGAAUUGUUCCGUGAUAUCCAGGAACAAGCUCUGCAGAAAGUUGGAGUGACUGGCCCCCCUGAUCCACAAGUCCGCUGUCCCUCAGUCAUUGAAUUUGGGAAGUAUGAGAUCCACACGUGGUACUCCUCCCCAUAUCCUCAAGAAUACUCCAGGCUGCCUAAAUUGUAUCUGUGUGAAUUCUGUCUAAAAUAUAUGAAAAGCAGAACUAUUCUGCAGCAGCACAUGAAGAAGUGUGGCUGGUUCCAUCCACCUGCCAAUGAGAUUUACCGCAAGAACAAUAUUUCUGUCUUUGAGGUUGAUGGGAACGUGAGUACCAUUUAUUGUCAAAACCUGUGUCUCUUGGCAAAGUUGUUUCUUGACCACAAAACACUCUAUUACGAUGUGGAGCCAUUUCUUUUUUAUGUACUAACACAGAAUGAUGUCAAGGGCUGCCACCUUGUUGGCUACUUUUCUAAAGAAAAGCACUGCCAACAGAAAUACAACGUCUCUUGUAUAAUGAUUCUCCCACAAUACCAGCGCAAGGGCUAUGGCAGGUUUCUCAUCGAUUUCAGUUAUUUGUUAUCAAAACGUGAAGGCCAGGCAGGGUCUCCAGAGAAACCAUUGUCAGACCUAGGCCGACUUUCCUACAUGGCUUAUUGGAAAAGUGUAAUACUGGAGUGCCUUUAUCACCAAAAUGACAAGCAAAUCAGCAUUAAGAAGCUAAGCAAGUUGACUGGAAUCUGCCCUCAAGACAUAACGUCCACACUCCACCACCUGCGAAUGCUGGACUUCCGCAGUGACCAAUUUGUGAUUAUCCGCCGGGAAAAGCUUAUCCAGGAUCACAUGGCCAAGCUGCAGCUCAAUUUGCGACCUGUGGAUGUAGACCCCGAGUGUCUUCGCUGGACCCCCGUCAUCGUCUCCAACUCCGUCGUCUCGGAGGACGAGGAAGAGGAGGAAGAAGAGGAGGAGGAUGCUGAGGAGGGGGACAGCGAAGACGCCCAGGGCCGCAGAAGAGAGCUGGAGAUCAGUGUGGGGAAGUCUGCCGCUCGAGAGAAUAAAGAGCAAGAUUGUUACUCUUCGGUAGAAAGUGAAAAGAAGCCGGAAGUAGCCCCCGCUGCCAACUCUGCCCGCUUGAGCAAGCAAGCCCUGGCCCGGGACUUGCUCCCAGCCAACAGCCAGCCACCUCGAAGGGGCCGUUGUGGGCGCAAGAGCCGGAGGACCCAGGACCGGUUCGGAGAGCAGGAGUGCAAGCUGCUGGCAGAGGAGAGCCCGCCGGCACCCCCAGAGCAGUAUGCUGCCCAGUGCGAGGAGAAGCCAGAGGCACCCCAUGAGCCACACCCCACUCCCGAGGAGCCACCCCCCACCUGCCGUGAGCAGCCCCGUCAGGGCCAGGACCGGAAGCCCGACGCACCCAAGCGGAGACUGAGUGAGGGCGUGGAGCUGUGGCGAGCCCAGCUCCAGAAGAGCCCAGAGGAUCUCAAGUGCAGGGAAGGGACAGAUCGGCUGCCUCGGCGCUACAGUGACGGUGAUCGGGCCCUCCUCAGGGGCUUCAGUGAGAGCAGCGAGGAGGAGGAGCCUGAGAGCCCACGCUCCAGCUCGCCUCCAGUUCUCACCAAGCCCACCCUGAAGCGGAAGAAACCGAUUCUUCACCGAAGAAGGCGAGUCAGAAAGCGCAAGCACCACAACAGCAGCGUCGUCACAGAAACCAUCUCUGAGACCACAGAGGUGCUGGAUGAACCUUUCGAAGACUCGGACUCUGAGAGGCCAAUGCCAAGGCUAGAACCCACGUUUGAAAUUGAUGAAGAGGAGGAGGAAGAGGAUGAAAGCGAACCCUUCCACAGAGGAUACUUUCAUCGUCUGUCCUCACAAGACGUUCUCAGGGGCCGAUCCUCUGCCAAAAGGAAGUCUAAAGAUGAAGAAGAAGAUGAAGAGUCAGAUGAUGCUGAAGACACUCCUAUCCUGAAGCCAGUAUCUCUCUUGCGAAAAUGUGACAUGAAGAACUCUCCACUUGAGCCAGAUACAUCCACACCGAUGAAAAAGAAAAAGGGGUGGCCCAAAGGCAAGAGCCGCAAACCGAUCCACUGGAAGAAGAGACCUGGUCGGAAGCCAGGGUUUAAGCUGAACAGUGACACCCUGCCCAUGUCUACACAGGGGUGUGUUGUCGAGCCCAUCGUCCCCCUGCUGAAAGCUGGGCGUAAACCCAAAAUGCAAGAGCACGAGGACCCCGCUGAGCCAAAGGAUGACUUGCUCUCAUCUGAAGAGAGGAAGGAGGAGGAAGAAGAGCAAGCCGACGUAGAAGAGGCUGGAGAGGGAGAAGAGGAGGACACAACCGGCAGCGAGGUGCGAGCGGCUUCCCCAGCCGACAGCAGCCACAGCCCCGAGAGCACUGCCAAAGAGCCAGAGGCUGAGGAGGAGGAAGAGGAGCAGCAGGAGCCGGAGGAUGAGGAGGACGUGCCUGCCGAGACAAACCAGCACGAGGACCACGACGCGGAUGAUGAGGAGGACGGGCACCUAGAAACUGCCCGGAAGCCAGAGUUGGAGGAGCAGGCCCUGCAGGAGGAUGUCAAGGAGGAGCCCGGCGGCCCAGAGCCUUUUUUAGACCCUGAUGCACAAAACAGUGGGGCGACUCCGAAGGAGAAAGAUGAGACCGAGCCUGAGUCCGAGGAGGAGCAGCCUUCCCACGAGACAUCUGUGGUGUCCGAGCAUGUGCCAGGGUCCGAGGACGACCACGAGGAGGACACCCAUGGCAAGGAAGAGCUGGUAGAGCUCAAGGAGGAGCAGGAGAUGACACACAGUGAGUUGGACCUGGAGACCGUGCAAGCCGUGCAGUCCUUGACUCAAGAAGAGAGCAGCGAGCAUGAGGGGGCCUACCAGGACUGCGAGGAGACCCUGGCUGCCUGCCAGACCCUGCAGAGCUAUACCCAGGCCGAGGAGGACCCACCCAUGUCAAUGGUGGAGGACUGCCAUGCCUCCGAACACAACAGCCCCAUCUCCUCUGUUCAGUCACACCCGAGCCAGUCGGUCCGUUCAGUCAGCAGUCCCAACGUGCCUGCCCUGGAGGGUGGCUACACCCAGAUCAGCCCGGAGCAAGGGUCCCUGUCAGCACCUUCUAUGCAGAACAUGGAGACCAGCCCCAUGAUGGAUGUGCCUUCCGUAUCAGACCACUCUCAGCAGGUGGUGGACAGUGGGUUCAGCGACCUGGGCAGCAUUGAGAGCACCACGGAGAACUAUGAGAACCCCAGCAGCUACGACUCCACGAUGGGCGGCAGCAUCUGUGGCAACAGCUCCUCACAGAGCAGCUGCUCCUACAGCGGGCUGUCCUCCUCCAGCAGCCUCACGCAGAACAGCUGUGUGGUCACUCAGCAAAUGGCCAACAUGGGCAGCAGCUGUAGCAUGCUGCAGCAGAACAGCGUGCAGCCUGCUGCCAACUGCAACAUCAAGUCCCCACAGACCUGUGUGGUCGAGAGGCCUCCCAGCAACCAGCAGCCGCCACAGGCCCCGCCACCACAGCAGCCACCACCAGCACCACAGCCGCCACCCCCCCAGCAGCCGCCACCACAGCCCCAGCCGCCUCCCCAGCCGCCACAGCCCCAGCCGCCGCAGCCACCUCCCCCCCAACAGCAGGCCCCUCUGUCACAGUGUAGCAUGAACAACAGUUUCACUCCAGCCCCCAUGAUCAUGGAGAUACCAGAAUCUGGAAGCACGGGAAACAUCAGCAUCUACGAGAGGAUCCCAGGGGACUUCGGCGCCGGCAGCUACUCUCAACCGUCAGCCACCUUCAGUUUAGCCAAGUUGCAGCAGCUCACUAACACCAUUAUGGACCCACAUGCCAUGCCUUAUAGCCAUUCUCCUGCUGUGACUUCCUAUGCAACCAGUGUUUCUUUGUCUAACACAGGACUGGCUCAGCUGGCUCCAUCGCACCCAUUGGCUGGGACCCCUCAAGCACAAGCCACCAUGACGCCACCCCCAAACCUGGCAUCUACCACCAUGAACCUCACAUCCCCUCUGCUGCAGUGCAACAUGCCUGCCACCAACAUUGGCAUUCCUCACACUCAGAGGUUGCAAGGGCAAAUGCCCGUCAAGGGGCACAUUUCCAUCCGCUCCAAGUCAGCGCCGCUGCCCUCAGCCGCGGCACACCAGCAGCAGCUGUACGGCCGCAGUCCGCCAGCAGUGGCCAUGCAGGCCAGCCCUCGUGCGUUGGCUGUGCAGCGUGGCAUGAAUGUGGGGGUCAACCUAAUGCCCACCCCCGCCUAUAAUGUCAAUUCCAUGAAUAUGAACACCCUGAAUGCCAUGAACAGCUAUCGAAUGACACAGCCCAUGAUGAACAGCAGUUACCAUAGUAACCCUGCCUACAUGAACCAGACAGCACAGUAUCCUAUGCAGAUGCAGAUGGGGAUGAUGGGGAGCCAGGCCUAUGCCCAGCAGCCUAUGCAGCCAAACCCUCACGGGAACAUGAUGUAUACUGGCCCCUCCCAUCACAGCUACAUGAACGCUGCUGGAGUUCCCAAGCAGCCACUCAAUGGACCUUACAUGAGAAGAUGAGCAAGGCGGACUUGCAGCUAAAGCUUAAAAUAUAUAUAAAUAAAGGAACCUUUUAUACUGACAAACCAGAGAAAAGCGGACCUUUUUUCCAGUUAAAAUAUUGCUGUAGAUUUAGAGAAAUUUUUCUUUGGUUUAUUUUAUUUUUUAGAAAACCUGAUCUCUUUUUGGGUUCAUUUUGUUCUGGGUUUUGGUUCUCUUCACAAUCGUGAACAUUUUACAGUAGAACUCAUCUAAAAAAUGGAUUUGGGGACAGGGGAAACAUGCACAAAACCUUUUCAUAAUUAAAAAGAGCCUUACUUUCUUUCCACGCCCCGUGGCCGGAACUCGUGCACACGGGCAUGACCUUUGUUUCCUUGGAAGCCGUGUGUUUCCGCUCACUGUCGCAGCUCCCGAUGUUGUCCUGUUGAAAUGUCACAUACACAUCCU